CUACAGCAUAUAGCGCUUCAUCCAGCGCUUCUUCCGCCACACUUUCAACUGUGAGCACUCCUGAGUUCCUUGACCAUUCGACGUUGUUGAUCACAUCUCAACAUCUCUUUCCACGCUCGAAUCAUGCAUCUCUCUCUGUUGGCGUCGUUGGCCUUGCUCUUCUCCAUUGGACAGGGGCAAACUCAUGGCGAAGGAGAGGAGGGUAAAUCUAUGGGACCAGUGGCCUUCCUCUGGCCUGCUGACCGUCCCUGGGACGCUGCUGACGACAAUAUCGGUCCUUGUGGUAGCCCUGAAGGUGUGUCUAACAGGACUCAGUUCCCUCUGACUCAAGGUUCUGUGGCUCUCAGCAUCGCCGAUGAAGCCUACAAGGUCGCGUUUCGCAUCUCGUUCUCGAAUAAUCCUACCAAGCAGGAAGACUUCGAGGCCAUUACUGGCAAUGUUUCGGAGAUUGACCCUGGGCAUCAAUGUUACAAACUCAAUCAAAUAGAGGGAAAGACUACGGGCGACAACGCUACCAUUCAGAUGGAAUAUUGGGCUGAGUUCGAGGGCGAAAACGACGGAAAGAAUCAAUCUUUCUUUGCCUGUGCCGACGUAACUUUCGUCCAAGCAAAGGACUUUACAACUCAGGUCCCAUGCUUCAAUGUCACUUCGGAAGAAUUCAUCGAACCUACCCCCUCCGCAUCGCCUAGCGCAUCAGCCACAGGUAGCAGUUCAGGUGCUUCAUCAACUUCAGGAGUACCAGCCGAAUCUGGUAAGGGAUCCUCUGGUGGUGGUCUAUCAACAGGUGCCAAGGCUGGCAUAGCUGUUGGUGCCAUCGUCGGUGGAUUAGGUCUUAUUGGUGCUAUCGCUUUCUUCGUGUUCCGACGGGGAAAGGCAACGGGUUUGAAGAACAAGGAUGCAUAUGAGCUCAGGGCAAAGAAACUUAAUAAUGAUAAUGAAGGAACCUCCACUGCUUCAGCAUAGACAUAGCUUCUAUGCUUUGCUCUAGAAGUUUACUGCUAAAUAGAUGCACAAUAAUGAUAGAGUUUGAUAUGUCUC